GGCUCAGUCCGCAGCCGCGCCGCCGCCGCGCCUCGGCUUCGGUGCAGGCAGCGGCCGCCAACGCCGCGACAGCUGCACGGAGGAGCAUCCCCAGGCACAUUGGACGUUAUUGUCAACUGCAUCUAGCCCUGCUGAAGACAUCGUAUUUUUCACACAUCCAGUGUGAGUCGGAAGUCCUUCCAAGAUUUUAAACUUGUCUGAGGAUAAAAUGACCAGCAGUUCCCCUCAGCUGCCAGAGAUGGAAUCUUCGUCUUCAGGUCCCUCGAGCUACAAGGUAGGCACCAUGGCCGAGAAGUUUGACUGCCACUACUGCAGGGACCCUUUGCAGGGGAAGAAGUACGUGCAGAAGGAUGGCCACCACUGCUGCCUGAAGUGCUUUGACAAGUUCUGUGCCAACACCUGUGCAGAAUGCCGCAAGCCCAUCGGUGCGGACUCCAAGGAGGUGCACUAUAAGAACCGAUACUGGCAUGACACCUGCUUCCGCUGUGCCAAGUGCCUUCACUCCUUGGCCAGUGAGACCUUUGUGGCCAAGGACAACAAGAUUUACUGCAACAAGUGCGCCACUCGUGAGGACUCCCCCAAGUGCAAGGGCUGUUUCAAGGCCAUCGUGGCAGGAGAUCAAAACGUGGAGUACAAGGGGACCAUCUGGCACAAGGACUGCUUCACCUGCAGCAACUGCAAGCAAGUCAUCGGGACUGGAAGUUUCUUCCCUAAAGGGGAGGACUUCUACUGCGUGACUUGCCACGAGACCAAGUUUGCGAAGCAUUGCGUGAAGUGCAACAAGGCCAUCACAUCUGGAGGAAUCACUUACCAGGAUCAGCCCUGGCAUGCCGAUUGCUUUGUGUGUGUUACCUGCUCUAAGAAGCUGGCUGGGCAGCGUUUCACCGCUGUGGAGGACCAGUAUUACUGCGUGGAUUGCUACAAGAACUUUGUGGCCAAGAAGUGUGCUGGAUGCAAGAACCCCAUCACUGGGUUUGGUAAAGGCGCCAGUGUGGUGGCCUAUGAAGGACAAUCCUGGCACGACUACUGCUUCCACUGCAAAAAAUGCUCCGUGAAUCUGGCCAACAAGCGCUUUGUCUUUCACCAGGAGCAAGUGUACUGCCCCGACUGUGCCAAAAAGCUGUAACUUGCCAGGGGCUCCUGUGCUGUAAAAUGGAAGUUGAAUCAUGUUCUUUCUGUCCUUGCACUCUGCCCUACACCAUCAAUAGGGGAAGAGUGGCCUUCUACCUGUUUGAAGUUGCUCCUUCUGUCUUUUCUGCCAUUUUACAGUAGUGUUUCUCCAAUAAAGGCACAUCGUGAUCACACUAGGAUUUAGCAAGAAGCAAACGGUGCAGCAAAGUUCAUUUCGCGCCAGCUGCCAUUAGAAAACACGUUAGCUAGAUUGACUCUUCUGCAUGUUUAUCAUAGAGCAGAACAGUGCUAAUAACCAUUUAGCCGCUUAGUGAUGUAAGCAAGAAGCAUACGCGCUAAAGCCCCUGUGGAGAUGCCUGUCCGGGCUCAGCCGGGCACCCCCCGGGAGUCACGCGACCUGACAUGGCAGAGUUGCAGCAGCUGCUCCAACUCACUGCUCACCCUCUGACGGGAGCAGAAAGAGAACUAGCUGAAAUGCAUGGUUUCACUUCCUCAGCAAAACUCUCACCUCCCUUUCUGUUCUUUUGUGCUUUCAGAUGACAAAUAUGAAUUUCCAGAACAUUUAACAAUUGAACUUAGCUGUAAUUCCCAACUGACCGUUUCCCCCUACACUAACCUUUGGCCCACGGGGGCAAUGCUUGCUGAGCGUUCCUACUUUAAAGCCUGGGAUGUGCAGGUGAUUUGGGAGGUGCAGGUAGAUCUGAGAAAACGAGCCUGUUUCAGAGCAGCGCCGUGACGCUGAAUACGUCUGGAAGCUUAACAAUACUAACCCUGCUGCCCUUUUCAGUUUUUUUAACUAAUUUUUUUUUCAUUUUAAUGGAUAGCAAACUAGAGUAUGGGUUUGAAAAGUUGCAUGAAAAAUAUCUUAGCCCCUUCAUGCGCUCCUGCAGCUUUGACAUUCACCCUACAAAAGUAAGCGCCAAGGUGGUGCAGGCGGGGUAGCUGAGCAGGCGCCACAACUGAUGUCAACAUGGGUGUAAUAUGGAUGUGAUGCGUUUGAUUCCCUUGUAACAUACUAGUUGUCUGCUCUUUGUCCGUGUGUUAAAGAGGACUGCAAAGUCCCUGCUUUUGUGAUUCCUAGGACUUUUCCUCAAGAGCUUAGCUGGAUCUCUGGGGGAGUGGAGAGGCCAGCGUCCUCACGGGCGGAACCGGAUUUCCACCUACCGCUUCCCUGAAUGCAGGAUCGCCUCCUUACUGUAUUCCACAUUCUAUCUUACAUAGUGUAAUGAGACAAUAUCAGAAAUAAACAUGUAACGACAAUGCGUAUUCACAUUCUCGUAGGAGUGUGUAGAGAAGCUGAUGCCUCAUCGCGCCAUUCUGUCAUUGGCUGUUAUCAUUUAAUGUUUUCCGUGUAUCCUGACAAAUAAAGCAGCAUAUGAUUAA